CAUAUCACAAAAAUAAAAAAAGUAAAUAAAACACAAAAUAGAAAAUGCUUUGUGCUUUGUGGUAAUCGACUCCGGGAAACGCGACUAGCAGCUAGCAUGGAGGAGCGCCAGGAGGCCUACGAGCCGGAGGACUACGAGCUGAAUCUGAAUUUCGUGCAGCUGAGUCGCCAGCAGGUCCUGCAGCGCUAUUCGGGUGCAGUGCAUCAGCUGCGCCGCAUGGCCGAUCGGCAUUAUGCGGUGCGCUCGCUGAGCUUCGACAACUAUGUGCUGUUCCAGUACUUCCGGCAGCGCAACUGGCAGACGGGCGUCACGCCCCCCGCCCCCUUCUUGAUGGCCUACCUGAAGCUGGAGGUGCUGCAUCAUCUGCUCGACCGGCGACGCCAGAUCCUCUGCUGGCUCUUCUACCUGACCCUCGUCUCGCUCUGCGUGGCCGCCUAUCGCUACGAGACGACGACGACGACGACGAGCUCCACCGGUGGUGGCCACCAGGCGAUGGUGUAUCCCGGGAUGCGAAUGUGGCGUCGAAUGACCAUGCCGCUGAUCCAGCGAUUCCCGCAGCUCACCGAGCUCUACGACGAGUCCUGCCUGAUGGGCAAUCCCUUCUACCAGCUGGAGGAUCUUAGCUGCGGCCCAUGCGCCGAGGUGGAGAGCGUCUGGCUGGAGGGCGAGGAUCUCGAGCAGCAUCGGCCGGAGGGCUCGCCCAUUGCCUUUCGCAGCAACCAGCUGGAGGCCAUCGAUUUGAGCCACUUCUAUGCGAUCUACGCGAGCAAUCAUCAGAUCUUCCAGCGCGACGCGUACCGGGUGCACUCGACCAACCAGGAUGUGCACAAUCUGGAGGAUCUCUUCGGGCAGUUCAACAGCAGCAGCAGCUGGACCAAGCAGGCGCACAGCCUGUGGCGCUGCAAUCGGAUGCUGCCCGCUCGCCUGCUGCGUCCCAUUUUCGCCCGGCCCACCCGUUUGCCCAGCAUGGGCGUGGCCCUGGAGCGUUAUGUGGCCAUCGAUACUGCCCAGGCGCCGGCCUACACGCUCCCCGAGACGGAGUGCCCCAAUGUGUAUGUCCACCAGGCGGUGGGCACGCGCUUCAUCAUCCUCCGGCCCACCAGCGAGUGCCGGCACCGAUGUCGCACCCUCUCCCUGCGACUCACCCAGUCCUUUGUGCUCAGCUACAAUUGGUUGUACUGGAAACCGAUCUCUGCGCCGGAUCCCAUCUCGGAAUCGCUGUCCAUCAGCCUUAUUGGCUCCUACUGCUAGAGGAUCCCACUUCCCACUUACCCAGCUCCUAGCUUUAAGCGCCAUAUAUACACACACACCAACCAUAAACCACGAAGCCAAAAUUAAUUUACGAAUUUUGCCGCUCCAUUGGAUA